AUGUCGGCAGGGCACUCUGAGCCCCAAGUGCUCUACAGCGUCAACAACAUCUCCGCCUUUGCGGUCCAAAAUGGCGAAGAGCAUGCCAUCACCACUUCUGGACCACAGACUCUGUCUCUUCUGAUGGUGCCAACAUCAUCGCCGUUCACAGAUCUGUCCACCACUGAUCCCACGAGCGCUGCGCCUGAAGAAGAUUUCUACCUCCACCUUCACCUGCCCCCCGAACUCGACCUACCUUUGCCCGCUACCACACAGAUCUUCCAUAAGCCCCCAAGCAGCUACCUGAUCCCACGAUGGGAUCUAGGACCUGAUGCUGGCACCUUCAUUCGCAUACAAUUCCCUUCGGUGGGUACGGGCCCCGGAAAGGUUACUCAAGAGGAGGUGGACACGUUCGAGACGAUUCUUGCGCAAUGUACGGCGUUUCUCGAAAGAGCACAAGCAACACCUCCUGGUUUUGAACGCUAUAACCCUCAGGACUACAGGCCUGGAGAAGGAUAUAUUAGUUCCGCGGAUAGAGAAAAGAAUCGUCCGCCUCAGCACGGUCAGAUCGUCCUCAUUGACGAAGAGAACGGUAGUGUGAUCGGAGAACUUGGAGACAAUUACGAUGUCGUCGAGGCCUCUACAGUCAGGCCUGGGUCAAAACGUCCUGUCCAAAUUCAACUGCCUACUGAAGGGCAAGGCAACCAAAUUAGAGUUGACAACGUGUCCGAAGAAUACCUCGCCAUCUCAAGACAUCCGGCUUACGCCAAAUCUACCAUCGUACAGACCUCUGCGACGGCCUCGAGGUUCAUAGUGACCAGCUCGAGCUAUCUAGCCGACAAAAUGUCUUCCGGGGCAAACUCAUUCCAACAAAAGACUCAGCCUAACCCCAAGCCCAUGACCUUUUCUCCCGCAACCCAUGCUCGCAUCCGACAGAUCCACUCGUUCACCCAAGGCGCAGUCGGGUUGAGUGCUAAGACGGUUGGUCAACUGGGCCGGUAUGCGCAGAACUUCGGCGCCCGGAUGGCUGGAAAGGGCGAGAAGAACAAAAAGGAGCCAGGCAAGGACUUUAAACCUGGAUUGCUGAACAAAUCGAUGAUUGCCUUUUCGACCAUUGCCGAUGGCAUUGACCAGGCUGGACGAAACCUCCUCGCAUCCGGGUCGGCGGCAGCGACCAACGUGGUGGGCCACAAAUACGGCAAAGAGGCAGGCAAUGUCAUGUAUGGCCUUGCAGGCGGUGUGAAGAACGUUGGUCUUGUCUACAUUGACGCGAUGGGCGUAUCACGACGUGCCGUCAUCAAGUCAGUGGCCAAGGGUAUGGUUGUCGGAAGGAUGCCAAACGGGCAGCAAUUGGUAGUAGGAGCUGGAGAUGGAGGCGUAGUCCCAGGGGAAGUACUUCCUCCUGAUGCCAAGCAGCAUGAUCUUUACUCCCCCGACGUUUAUGGCGGUGCCACACAACCUGGUGUCAGCAAACCUGGCUAUGGAGUGGAGAGCUAUGGCAACGCAGCCAACGAGCCCCCGUCCUAUUCGUCGGGAGUUGGAGAGCCUCUGGGCUCAACGUUGCAAGGGCAGAAUGUGAGGGAAAAGCGAUGA